ACACACACACACAUAUUUAAGCAUAUAUAAAUUUCAACAGCAUCUUAUUAUUAUCUUAAGAAAAUUAAUGAAGACGGGAAGCGAGGAGAUCAGAUUGUGUCCCAUAGUGGUGGAGAAGUCGGACGUCAUUCUGGUGAAACCCUCGGCCCCGACACCAAUCAUCACGUCUCUCUCUCUUUCAACCAUCGACAACGAUCCGUACAUCGAAACCCUAGCCAAAACGAUAUACGUAUACAGCCAAAACGACGCCGUCACCGAGCCGGCAUACGUGGUGGUGGAGAAGGCGCUGUCAAAGGCGCUGGUUUACUACUACCCACUGGCGGGAAAACUCAGGAGGAGGAAAGAGGACAUGAGGCUCGAGCUUAGGUGCAGCGAAGGAGACGGCGUGCCGUUGAUAAGGGCGAGAGCGGCAUGCACUCUGGCUAGCGUGAACCACUUGGAGGGGAGUGGGGCUGACGUGGAGGAGCUGGUUCCACGUCACGAGGGUGGUGGUGGGUGGUACGAGCCGCUGGCUCUGCAGGUGACGAGCUUCUCGUGCGGAGGGAUGACGAUAGGAAUGGCGCUGUCUCACUCCGUCUGCGAUGGCUUCGGUGCUUCUCAGUUCUUCCGAGCCGUCUCUGAGCUAGCCUCCGGUCUCACCCGCCCCUCCGUUAUUCCCCUCUGGCACCGCCAUCUCCUCACCUUUCGUCCUCAGGAACUCGAUGAGGAUUCAAACUCGAAGCUGCAUGAUUUCCCAUCAAUGUCCUCCGUCGCAACAUCUCCCUACNCGCCAGCAGACGACAUGGUCCGUGAAAUCGUCAAUGUUACAUCCGAAGACAUAACAAGACUCAAGACAAUGAUAGCGAACGAGGAGGAUACGACGGUUAUAAAUCCGACGACUUUGGAGGUUCUUGGGGCGCACGUGUGGAGAGCAAGAUGCCGAGCCUUGAAGCUUAAUCCACAAGGCAUCACCCUUUUCGGGCUGGCGGUUGGCAUACGCCACCUGGUGAAGCCGCCGUUGCCAGAGGGAUACUACGGCAACGCCUUCGUGAAAUCCCACGUGGGAAUGAGGGCUGCAGAGCUGGCCGAGUCUCCGCUCUCACGCAUCGUCAAACUCAUAAGGGAGGUGAAGAAAAGGGCCAUGGAGGAGAGGUACCUGAUGGAGCAGUUGAGGGAGACAGAGAGAAUGUUGAAGAAGAAGGCGGAGUUCGAAGGAGGGAAUGGAGCGUUCAUGCUGCUGACGGACUGGAGGCAACUGGGUCUUCUGCAAGAAGUUGAUUUUGGAUGGAAAGAGUCGGUGAACAUAAUACCGUUGGUUCCGCUGAAUCUACCUGAUAUGUGUAUAUUCUUGCCUCCUUCCAAGAUGGUGCCUUCCAUGAAAGACGGCGUCCGGGUGCUGGUUACUCUCCCGAGAGCCGCCAUGGCCAACUUCAGGCAAGAGAUCAUCUGUAUGUGAUGAAACAUAUGUAUAUCAUUUGGUUGCAUAAUCUUCCUCUAUCCUUGUUGGGAAUGAUAUUAGAUACUAUGCCUUUGAAUGUAUCCUAUUAUAUGUAAGAUGGUUGUACUUACUUGCACGUUGCUCAUUGUAAUUGAUUUCACCAACUAACUACAUCUUCAAAAUGUUCAUCA